AUGAGCACACCAUUCCCUCACAACGGUCCAGUUGGACCUGACACACUGAUCACUGUCAAGAUCCUUGUCGACGGUCAGAAUCGUCGCUUUAAGCUUGCUCUUCGCGACCUUGGAGCCCACGUGUUUCCCCAGAAGAUUGCACCUAAUCAAGAAGUCAAGUUCGACCGAUACUCGGAUUCCGCUGGCACCUACGUUACCCUCGACUCCGCCAACCCGGGCGUCUACAAGCAACUGUAUCGGGCUGCCAAAGCUAAGCUGAAGCUCAGACUUAAAGCGACGAUCAUCAAGUCCGAGCAGAAGGAGGACCAAACUGUCGUGGAAGAUAAGGCGGUGCCAGAGAUGAGCAAGAGAAACACUUACCUCGAAACUGUCCUCUCUAACCCACCAACUGAGCACGUAGUCUCUUUCAAGCCAUUUCAACCCAAUCCAAUCCAGCCUACAACCACAGAGGAGAAGUCUCAGAAGCUAGUACCUAAGCUUAGUAUGCCUACUCUGCCGACUAUGAAUGACUUUACUGCGACAACCUUCAGCAUCGAUUGCAAUCAUUGUGGUGGUUCAGUCUCCAAUGAGCACUAUCACUGCAGCAAGUGUGAAAAAGGUGACUUUGACCUUUGCCCGACUUGCAUUGCUCGUGGGAUCACUUGCGAUGGUGACGAUCACUGGCUCAUCAAGAGAACUAUCAAGAAUGGAAAGGUCUUCUCCAGCAAUACCGAAACUCUCCCACCGAAGAAGAAAUCAGAGCCACUUGUUGAGGAUCAUCAGUCAGCAGUCUUCGAGGAAGACCAACGAACUUGCAACAGCUGCAUUAUCCAACUUGUUGCUUCCUCAUUCGUUACCUGCCAGCAGUGUGCUGACUACGACCUCUGUUUCUUCUGCCUUGAGCAUGGUGAACACGGUCAUCAUCCUGCUCAUACCUUCUCGCCUGUCGAUCCCUCCGCUUCCGGCGUAUCCUACAUCAAGUCUCUUUGUCAACAGGGUCGUGGUCUGAAGCACGAAGCAGUUUGCGAUGGUUGCGACGCUCAAAUUGUUGGAGUUCGCCACAAGUGCUUGACUUGCCCAGACUUUGACUAUUGCUCCAUGUGCCACAGCAUUAAGAACGAGGUUCACAAAGGUCAUCGCUUCGCUCCUAUCUACGAACACCUUGCAACAGUGAGCGUAAACAAGGAACAGCAUAAAGGCAUUUACUGUGAUGGACCUCUUUGCCUCGCUCGAGCUCGAAAGACGUACAUCCGAGGCGAUCGAUACAAGUGCGCCAUCUGCCACGACACUGACUUCUGUGCCAACUGUGAGGCCCAUCCUGAAAACGAACAUAACAAGACGCAUCCUCUUAUCAAGCUCCGAAGUUCUGUAAUGUACCUCUCCGUUGCUAGUGUCAACGAUGAUGGUAGAACUACACCAGUUCUUUGUGGCGAUCGACCUGUCGCCAAGCACGCUUCUACUGAGACGACUCGACCAACUCUUUCCAAUGCUGCCACUCAGGUGCAGACUAUAGCUGAGACUGUCCCUGUGGAGACUGUGCAAUCUGUUCCAAUCGAGAAGCCUGUUAGCGAGGAGGUCAAGAGCGAAUCCACCCAAGAUCUGCAGGCGUGGUUCGAGUGUGACUCGACCCCAGACGGCUCAAGCUUUGCACCAGAUAGACUUGUCAGUCAAUCUUGGACUCUACGAAACCCAGGUCCUCAGGCUUGGCCAGCCGGUUGUGCAGUCUACUUCAUUGGUGGCGACGACAUGCGCAAUCUGGACGACAAGCAUCCCUCAUCUGUCAGCACAAUGGCUGCUGCCAAUCAAAGCAACGUUCUUCAAGAACCUCUCCAGCCUGGCAAGACUGCUACCUUCUCAGUCUUGCUCAAAUCUCCCUCACGUGAGGGUCGUGCUAUUUCUUAUUGGCGAAUAAAGACUUCAGAGGGUCUACCAUUCGGCCACAAGUUGUGGGUUGAUAUCACAGUCACCAACAAACCUUCCAAGCCAGUCGAAGUUCCUGCCAUAGUUCCCAUUGAGGCUCCUGCCGAGUCCAAAGCGAACCCCACCGAGGCGGCUGAGAAGAGUCAGGAUAGCUCACAGAUGAUCUUCCCUACUCUUGAGAAAGAGUCACCAGAGUCAUCGAUGCAUGACAUCAAGGAGGAGACUACUGCUGUUGAGCCAAGUGUUGUUUCAGAGGAUCAAGACCUUGUUGAUGACCUUGAUGACAUGACUCUUGGAGAUGAGAACACGGAAGAUGGAUUCAUGACCGAUGAGGAAUACGACAUCCUUGAUGCUGAGGAUGAGUCAGACGUUGGUAGUACUCAGGUUGCGAAGAAGUAG